CACGUGUUGUUCAUUCAGCUAUAAAAAUUAUAAAUGCUAAGAUCAAGAAUGUACUCAUGACCGUCUAUUGAACGUCUCUUCUCUGAGCUCAGAAUGAACUUACCCAGGUCAUGAUAGUGCCAAGUUACUUGUUCGGUUACCCUGUGGAAGAGGACUACAGCAGUCUGGCGAGACCAAGCUAAUAUUUGCUAAAGUAUUGAAUACAAUUUACAGCUAGAUCGAAAUAGUUUUAGAAAACCAUUUUUCCCACACACACACGUUAUACACAUUGUGGCGACAUGGAAGGAAACUGUGUCAAUGGUGAUGUGAGUGAGCUCCCCAAUGACACUAACAGUGUACACAAGCACCCUAACUAUGGAUCUAACGGAGAGUCCCCUAGUGGCAUCAAUGGACACUCUGAGAAAGCCAGCAAUGAAGCCGUGGAGAAGGACGACACUUCAGCUGAAGAAGAGGCUCCUAACUGUCCUCCACAGACUGGUUACCGUAUCAGCAUAGUCAAGUCUCUGUUCCUGUAUCCCCUAGCAGUCUUGCCCCUCGGCUUUGGUCUGCUCCUAGCUUACUGGUUCCCCCAUGUCUGGCUCCGUCUCACCUCAUGGACCACCCGCCUCAAUAAAGCCACCUACGUCAUUGUCAAGGAUACUGAUGAGAAGAAGCGUGUGGAGCGUGUACACACUGUACAGUUGCCUCCAGAUUUCCAUGACAACCCUGAAUUAAACCCAUUGGCUGUCAAUGAAGCAGACCAGACUGUGCUCUUGGUAACAGAAAAGAAGAGUAUCAGAUACUUCACACACAGACACCUCAGGUACCUGUAUGAUGCCGAGGCCGACCGGUUCAUUCUACUUCGAGGGUUUGAUCGUGGCUUCUCCUGCUCUGAGAUCCACGACAUGCACACAGGCCUGUCAACACGCACUCACCAAGAGAGACUCCUAUACCAGGGCCCCAACUCCAUUGAUGUCCCUGUGAAGCCCUACUUCGUUCUCCUGCUUGAGGAGGUCCUGCAUCCAUUCUACAUCUUUGAGCUCCUAGCAACCAUCUUUUGGUGUUUCACCCAGUACUACUACUAUGCAGGUGCUGUGUUCCUUAUCUCUGUGAUCUCGGUGGUGGUGAGUCUGAUUCAGACGAGACGCAACCUCCAGCAACUUCACGACCUCAUCGCUCAAUCUUGUACCGUCACAGUGCUCAGGGGAGGAAAAGAAGUGGAGGGUGUGGCCAGUGAAGACCUAGUGCCUGGGGACGUGCUAGUGAUACCCCCCACAGGAUUCGUGCUCCCGUGUGAUGCUGCUCUCAUCAGCGGUCAGGCCAUCGUCAAUGAGGCUAUGCUCACAGGAGAGAGUGUUCCUGUUACCAAGACACCCCUACAGCGUGACCACACCCACUAUGACCCUACUCUACACAAGAGACACACACUCUUCAAUGGUACGCAGGUCAUUCAGACCCGUCUCUAUGGCAACAAGAAGGUGACUGCUGUUGUCGUCAGAACAGGGUUCUCCACAUCCAAGGGAGGCAUGGUGAGGUCUAUCCUCUUCCCCAAACCGGUCAACCUCAAAUUCUACUCUGACUCCAUCAAGUUCAUCAUUGUCAUGGCGAUCAUAGGUGCUGCAGGGUUUGUGUACACCAUCAUCAUCUGCCAAGUGCAUCACUACCAGAUCAGUGAAACAAUGCUCCGAGCAAUUGAUAUAAUCACGACAGCGGUGCCCCCCGCCCUGCCAGCUGCCCUCACCGUGGGAACAGUGUACGCUCUCAAUCGACUCAAAAAGCACAAGAUAUUUUGCAUCAGUCCACAGAGAGUGAACAUGUGUGGCAAGAUCAAGCUGGUGUGCUUUGAUAAGACAGGCACUCUCACUGAGGACAGUCUGGACAUGGCUGGAGUGAGGCCUGCUCACCACGGAAUGUUCAGUUGUCUGAUUGAGGACCCCUGUACCCUGACCCCUGGUCCGCUCCUCCAUGCCAUGGCAACAUGCCACUCCCUCUCUAUGAUCAGAGGACAGCUCUCAGGUGACCCUAUUGACCUCAGGAUGUUCGGGGCCAUUGGAUGGGUGUUGGAGGAACCUGAAGAGAGUGGUACCACGAUAUCCCCCACAGUGGUCCACCCCCUGACCACACCCACUGGGGACACCACCGUAGAGCUGGGUAUCAUGAAACAAUUCACAUUCUCCUCGGAACUACAGAGGAUGAGUGUGCUGGUUCGCUCGCUCCCCUCAACCACACCCUCUCGGUUCCAAGCCUACGUGAAGGGAGCCCCAGAAACCAUUAAAAAACUCUGCAAGCCAAACUCAAUUCCAAACAACUUCUACGAGGUGCUGGGAUCGCUGACUCAGCAAGGGUUCCGAGUGCUGGCUGUAGCUCACAAGACCAUCAACAUGCCAUGGCACAAAGUCGAUAAGGUCAAAAGAGACAAAGUGGAGAGUGAACUGUAUUUUGUCGGACUCAUUGUGCUACAGAACAAACUGAAGGCAGUAACCACGCCCACCAUCCUGUCACUUAAGAACGCUGACAUUCGCACAGUCAUGAUCACUGGUGACAAUAUUCUGACUGCGGUCUCGGUGGCCAAGGAGUGUCAGAUGGUACCGUCAGGGAGUCGGGUUGUCAUGGUGAAGGCCUCUUCAAGCGUGUGUGGUCCUCCCACCCUCUCUUAUCAUCUGCUGGAAGAUCAGUCUGACCUUUUGCACCUUCUGGAGUCUAACAAUGCAGAGUUUGAGCCCACAAUAUCAGACAAACCCAACCCUCUCUCAUUUGACUCCACCCACUGCCUCGCCUACCACCUAGCCGUGGACGGGAAAACAUUCGCUCUCAUUAAAGAGCACUUCACGGACUCCGUCUAUCAGAGGCUUCUUGUGAAGGGAACAGUGUUUGCUCGUAUGUCACCCACACAAAAAGCAGAACUCGUCAAUUCACUGAUGGAGAUCGGGUACGGUGUGUGCAUGUGUGGAGAUGGUGCCAACGACUGUAGGGCGCUGAAGGCGGCCCACGCUGGAAUUUCACUCUCGGAAACAGAAGCAAGUGUAGCAUCUCCUUUCACCUCUAAAAUCCCGGACAUAACUUGUGUGCCCAAACUAAUCAGGGAAGGACGAGCUGCCCUAGUGACCUCCUUCAGUGUGUUCAAGUACAUGGCACUCUACUCCUUUGCUGAAUUCAUCUCUGCAGCCAUUCUAUACGCAUACGAGUCCAAUCUGGGUGAUCAGCAGUACCUCUACAUUGACCUCAUCCUCGCACUCUGUGUCUCCUUCACUAUGGGUUUCACAGCAUCGUACCCUCAGCUGGUCAAGAAACGACCUCUAGGCACGUUGGCAGGGAUACACGUCCUCCUCUCAAUCGUGAUACAGACCAUUCUCCUUAUAGUCUUCCAAGUAGGUGCUCUCUGCUACCUCUCAACACGAUCAUGGUAUGUGCCACUGAUACCAGACCCUGAAUCUGAUAAUAUCAAUUCCCAAGAGAACUCUGUGAUCUUCCAGUUUGCUAACUUUCAGUACCUCGGCCUCAGUGUGGCACUGUCUACAGGUGCUCCGUUCAGACGACCACUCUUCACAAACUAUUGGUUUGUGCUGACGCUGGCAGUUCUUUUCUUCUUCAACCUCUACAUCAUGCUCGCCCCUGCCAGUUGGUUUCCAUGGUUAUGGGGUGUGCUGAACGUUUUGCCAUUCUCCAACUGGAUGUUCAAAAUUGGACUUCUGGAGCUAGCACUGCUCUACAUUGUCCUCAGCUAUUUCAUUGAGGCGUACAUCCUACCUUCUGAGUGGGUGCGAGUCAUUCUGCGCUGGGUGCGCUGCAAACGUCGUCCCAAGAACCGUUACAAGCACAUACUAACAUCACUACCCCCGUCUUGGCCACCUGUCACCUUUGAACCCAGCAACAGGAAUCAAUGACCUUUGAACUAACAUAAUUGUAAAUGCAUUAUUUUUUGGGCACAGUGACAUUCACACAUGCUAUGCCUAUUCAAUCUAUUGUGUUAUUUUUGUGUUUAUAAUUAUAUAUACUUGUGUUGAAGAUAAUUAUAAUUAUGUGACAAUUAAUAA